AGAGAGAGAGAGAGUUAGGGAAAUGUUCCAUGGAAAAUCUGUAGAACUGAUGUAAGAGAAAGCAAGGACAGGGGCUGGAGCAAGUGAAGUGGAACUGUGACUAUAAAAACACGGAAAGAAACUCAGCAUCAGGGCUAAGUUUGGGAUAAACUGCAGACAGGACUCUGUAGUUAGGAGUUCCGACUUCUCACAAGAUCAAGGAAAAAGAACACAGGAGAAAUGCUUAUGGUUUUAUUCCUCUUUCAUCUCAGAUGUUAAGGGACUUUCUCCAAGCAGAGCCUCUGCAGAGAGCUCCAGUCUCCACUAUAACUGAAUUACACUGUAGCUUCAUUCAAGCAGUUAACGAAUAUGCUGGACCGGAGAUUGGCAAGUGCACACUUCAUCCUGGCUGUGGUUGUGAUGCUGUGGAGCUCAGGAAAGGCGUUCUCUGUGGACGUAGCAACAGAGGCUUCUGAGUUUGGAGCAGCAGGCUUGCAAUCACCAGCCACAGGCAGGGAAGAGAAAUCAGCCAUCGACCUUGCAGCUAAGCUCCUGCUUCUUGAUGAACUGGUGUCCUUGGAGAACGAUGUAUAUGAGACCAAGAAGAAGAGGAGUUUCCCCGGCUUUGGGUCUCCCCUUGACAGACUCUCAGCUGGGUCUGUAGAUCACAAAGGGAAGCAGAGGAAAGUAGUAGAUCAUUCAAAAAAGCAACGCUUUGGAAUUCCCAUGGAUCGGAUUGGGAGAAACCGACUUUCUAGUUCCAGAGGCUGACGAAUUACCUUCAUGUGUCUGGCUUGCGAGAAAUGGCACAGAACUUAUAGAAGAUGCUUCAGUGAAGUUCUUCUUUGCUCCUUGCUGGUGAACUUGUUAAAGAAUUAACCUUCUGCAAACCUUCCCAAAGCUUGAGACCCCUCAAUUCAUCAUGCCCUAGUGUUGCUAUGGUUUUAGUUAAGUCUUGCAGAUUAUUUCAGUGCAUCAAUGUCUUUGGGGGAUAUUUUUAAUGAUUCAUAAACCAUAAUGUGGUUCCCAAACCUACUUUUAAAAACAGUUGUCAAGUAUUAUAUAUUCUCUUAUCCUUAGUGCUUUUACAAUUCAGUUACUUGGUAUGCUUUCUAGAAACCUAUGGUUUAAAGACCUAAAGAGUAAUAAAAGGAGCAUGUGUACAGCAUACAUAAUGAUUUAUAGAAAGAGGGUGUUUUAAUUCUUCUGAAAUGUGUCAAAUUGCUGAAAAUCUCCCCUCCGGGCUUAGAGAAAAGGCAGUAAGUGAGUGGUUGCUUCAAGUGUGGUAGAAAGCUGUAGCAAAGGGACAUACAUUUUGAGAAAGGUGAGCAAUAGUGUUCUUUAGAAAGUAAUAUCUAAAAGUUAGUAUAAGAAAAUUAAUAUAAUUGGCCUUUGUGAAAUGUUUUGCAGAACUCUGAAUUUAAAAGAUUUGUUUGAA